UCGGAUUAGGUUAGUGUGGGUUAACAGGGAUCUCUCCGCCCUGCAUGGGACAUCCGCGCACUUUCUUUUACUUUCUGGUGUGGCACCUUUUUUUUUUUUAACAUAAAUUAUUACGUCACUCAGACAUCCACGCGCUCCAGAACCCGUAACUUCUUUCCCUUUAAAACACUUUCGUUUUCUUUAUUCUGAGGAUGGGAACUCUUCUCCGAAGAUGACAGCCGGUUAAACUGGAUCAGCUUUAAUGAUGCCAAACCCUUCAGGUUUCUGCAGCACUCUUCGUGUGUUUUGACUGACUUUUUGUGUGCUUUAGUUGUGUUAUGCGCACACACCAGCGCGCGCCAGGCGGAUCUCCCCCCCGCGCGCGCGGCUGCCCUGGGCUCCGGGUCAGAUGGUGCUGAUCACGGACGACAGGGAUGGAGGAGUCGCCUCGUCGCUCCGCGUCAAGCAGCUGCAGCAGCCGAAGAAAGUCCACCCGACCAUAACCGAGGAGCCCCCGUCCUACUACGAGGAGGACUCCCUGCGCUCGUGCGCGGAGGAGGUGGAAGAGGAUGGUGACGAUGAGGAGGGAAGCGAGGAAGACAGCGACGAGUUCGAGGAGGUCGACUUCGAGGACUUGGAGGACUGUCGGAGCAUCGCGUCGGAUGACUCCUUCUAUCCUCCGGAUGACGCGUUCGCGGACUCGGAGCGCAGUCCGUCCCCGGACAGCCCGGAGCCGCUGUCCUUCUUCAGGGCGUGCUGCUCCAACAACGCGGCCGUCGUCCGGAUCCUGAUCCGGCACGGAGUGAAGGAGGAGGAGGUGAAGGAGACCGACAGGAACAGCAGGACCGGGCUGAUGGUUGCGUGUUACCAAGGUUUUGUGGACGUGGUCAUAGCGCUGUCCCAGUGUCCGCACCUGGACGUCAACUGGCAGGACAGCGAGGGAAACACCGCUCUCAUCACCGCUGCGCAAGCAGGUCACAUAACAAUCACCAACUAUCUGCUGAACUACUACUCAGGGCUGGACAUCGAGAGAAGAAACUGCCACGGCUUCACUGCUCUGAUGAAAGCUUCCAUGCAGGGCAGGGUGGACUGCGUGCGCUCGCUCAUGAUGGCAGGAGCUUCUCUAAACGCAAGAGACUUUGGUCGCAACCUGACAGCCAGAGAGUGGGCCGUGUUUACGGGACGGUACGAAACGGCCUGGGUGAUGACGCGCCUGGUGGAACGGUCCUGUGCGUUCCAGUACUGUGAUGCGUACAGUUUAGAGUGGCCCCCGCUGACAUCCCUGGUAGCCAAAGCUCAAGAGCCCCGCAGCUGCCUGAAGCGCCUGUCGGACACAGUGCGGAACGUCUUCAACAUCGCAAACGUCACCAACCCSGAGGACGAGGGCGUCAUCGACCACAUGGUGUCUGUCACCACAGCAAUCAGGAGCCCGGUCAUCGCCGUGGCCUGUCGAACCGUGUGUCCCGACAGUCCUCCAAGUGUGGGCAAGCGGCGGUACGCCGUGCCAGAGAUCAUCCGCCAGCAGCGUGCCAGAGAGCUCCGCUCCACCAACCCUGCUCGAGCGGACAGCCACCUGAAACUCUUCCAGAACUCCCGGGUCACCCUGGUGGCCAAGAACGCAGAGGACCGUCGGCCCAGCCUUCAGGUCCAGAAAUCGGCGCCCCGACAGAGGAGCUCUAGCCUGGGCAUGGUGGCCUACAACCAGGCCCUGGAGCUGCGCAGAACCAGCCUGCUGCCGAUGCACAUGGUGCUGAGGCGGAGCAGCGUCAGGCCCGGGUUCAGCAUCCCCAAGGUCAGGAUUUCAAAGGCCCCGACRCCCACCUACGAACCAGAAAUAGUUCGGAGGAAAAGCAGCAUCAAGGACGGAGGGGGCAACUUUCUGCAGAUCCCCAAGUGGAGGUACAAGGAGCUGAAGGAGCAGAGGAGGAAAGCAGAGGAGGCUGAGAAGAAGAGGCUGGAGGCUGUAACCAGGAGACACAUGGAAGCUGGGAGAAGGAAAUGACAUUUUCACCUCAGGGACCAAACUUGAACAGAAAGAACUGGCUGUAAUAUUUGGAAUGAUACAUUCUGCAUUCAGGGUUCCUCUUUAAAAAAAAAAAAAGAAGAAACUUAACGAUUGGCUGCUUUAAACGACUUCAAGAGCAUUUUUACACAAUUCUUUAGAAUUUCUCGUGAAGUCGAACAGUGGUCACACAGAGGGUCAUUUUUUGAAAAGUUAAUUUAUUUGAUUAUUUAUUGCUUUUCUUAAAUGGACGGCUACGAUGAGCUGCAGUGGUUUUUGUAGCGCAUUACAGAAAACAGUAGCAGACUGACAGCAGCAUCAGGGAAUCUGGAAGCAAUUUAAUGAAAUAUUUUGUAAAAUCGUCUUUGACAUAUUCACUAAUGAGUGAGAAAUAAUGUUAAAAAAGCUAAAAACAGCAUUACUAAAUAUAUAUUUUAGAUUMUUUAUGUUGCUUGAGAGCCUUAGCCUGAAUGUAUUUGUAUACAGAUAUUUUAUAUUUUAUAUUAGCGAUUGAAUUACAUUUUUUUAUUCAAUGUGGAUUUUUUCCCCCACAUACUGAUAUGCAAACUGUUAGUUGUAAUGUUUGUGUCCAAGACUAAUAUAUAUAAAAAAAACUUCCCAAAGCAAAAGGAAAGUUUAAUUUAUAAACAUUUAUGAUGAAAAACCAAAUGGGACUGUCUUUAUGCUAACGUUAAAUGAUGCAAUAACCGAUGGGUGGGUUUUACAGGGUGCGGAUGGUGUGAGAGAAAUAAUUUGCUGACAGUGACUGAGCCUCAGCCAUGUUGUGUCAGGAUAAUAAAGAAGAUAUAGAACGUCAAAAA